CUCUCGGCAACACACACGACCGGCCUGCUAGCGAGUGGAAUGAGCAGCAGCGAGUGAUCGAUCGAUCGAGCGAGCGAGCGAGCUAGCCAAGCUUGUUGCAGCCGCGAUGGAGGGCUCGUCGUCGGACGGCAGGUACGGCGCCGCGAGGUGCGCGCUGGAGGCGGAGCUGGUGCAGAUGCAAGGCAUGGCGAGGCAGCUGGAGGCGCAGAUGGGCCUGCAGGGCGGCGGCGGCGCGGCGAUGGCUGGGGCAGAGGAGCGGCGCCGCGCGCUGGUGUCGAGCAUGCUGUCGUCGAUUGACCGGUCUAUAAGCAUCGCGAGGACGAGGGUGCCGUGCUGCGUGGAGGGGCGCCUGGCGCAGCCGGCCGGCGCCGCGCCGGAGUCGCCCCCCUCCGCCGAUGGUAGCGCCGGCUCGGACCACGGCGUCGACUCCCGGUGCCGCGCCAAUGCGGCGGGGCCGUCCAAGAAGAGGAAGAUGCUGCCCAAGUGGAGCACGCAGGUGAGGGUGUGCUCGGUGCAGGACGUCGGCCCCCUCGACGACGGGUUCAGCUGGAGGAAGUACGGACAGAAGGACAUCCUCGGCGCCAAGUACCCAAGAGCCUACUUCCGGUGCACGCAUCGGCACACGCAGGGCUGCCACGCCAGCAAGCAGGUGCAGCGCGCUGACGGCGACCCGCUGCUCUUCGACGUCGUGUACCACGGCAACCACACGUGCGCGCAGGGCGCGCGCUCCGUCGUCGAUGGCAAUCCCAGGCCGCGCCACACGGUGAGCCCGGAACAGCAGCCGCAGCCGCCGCCGCCGCAGCCGCAGCAGGAGCAGAACGCCUUCUCGGUAGGGAUCAACCCCGCCAAAGAAGAGGGGCCCGUGCAGCAGUCGCUGCAGGAACCCACGUCGUCGCGGCCGUUCACGUUCACGGCCGACGACAGCGGCGGCACCGGCACCCUCCUCCACGGCUGCUCCACGUCCGACUGCCAGGUCAGCAGCAGCGUCUACGAGCUGGGUGGUGGCAGUACUAUGGCCGGAGUCCGGAACGUGCCCGACGUCGAGCUCCCCUCCAAGACGAUCAACUCCUCUAUGGGAGAGGACAUGGAGUUCAUGCUCGCGCUGGAGAUGGACUCCGAUUUCUUUCACAAGUACCCCGGCUAUUUCUAAGCGAAAACCUGUAGCUAGGCUAGUAGCGCCGCCGCCGCCGCACGACACGUAGCUUUGAGCCUCGUACACAUUGCCAGUUUUUGCCACAAUAGCUAGGGCAAGCAGCACGUACGUACUAUGUUACAUGCAUCUUUUAGCCAGUGAACCUUCUCCACUUUGUCCCUCAGCUUCUGCACGCUGACGCUGCUUGUUUAUCCUCUUUACUCUUAUCUACCUUUGAAAUCAUGUUUUUUUUCAACGAAUUUAGAACACAGAUACUCUCAUUUCUGGUAGGAAUAGAAACGAUUACA